UAGACGCGCGCUGAAAGGCGUUUGUUUGAACAUGACUUCAAAGUAGGUUUAACUAAGAAACGAUAUUUGAAGCUCGAUAAAUCUGACUUUUUUUCCGCCCUACGACCAGAUGUUACGGCGUGUCGCUGUGUUCCUUCUGCUCGCCCUGACUCUCUGUAGCGCAGAGGAGCUGCAGAGCAAGAGCAAAGUAUGUGCCAAUGUCUUCUGCGGGGCAGGACGGGAAUGUGCUGUUAGUGAGAAAGGGGAGCCCAGCUGCCUGUGCAUCGAAAGCUGUAAGCCCCACAAGAGGUCAGUAUGUGGCAGCAAUGGGAAGACCUACCGGAACCAUUGUGAGCUGCACAGGGAUGCUUGUCUGAGCGGACUGAAAAUCCAAGUGGCCUACGAUGGACACUGCCAGGAGAAAAAGAGUGAGCAGGCAGCUGCCAGCCCAGUGGUUUGCUACGCUGCGGACCGCAACGAGCUGAGGAGCCGUGUGAUCCAGUGGCUGCAGACCGAAGUUGUCCCAGAUGGCUGGUUUGUCAAGGGCUCCAACUUCUCUGACAUCCUGCUCAAGUACUUCAAGUCGUAUGACGGCGGCGAUUCCACGCUGGACUCCUCCGAGUUGCUCAAGUUCAUCCAGCACAAUGAGUCUGUGGCGACUGAGAUGCAGUCCUACGCCGACCUGGAGAGCAACAAGCUGCUUCGGAGUCUCUGUGUUGAUGCCCUCAUUGAGCUGUCUGAUGAGAAUGCCGACUGGAAGUUGAGCUUUGAUGAGUUCCUCAACUGCCUGAAACCUGGGUUCAACCCGCCUGAGAAGAAAUGUGCUCUGGAAGAUGAGACUUAUGAGGACGGUGCAGAGACGCAGGUGGAGUGUAACCGCUGCGUGUGUGCAUGCGGCAACUGGGUCUGCACUGCAAUGACCUGCACUGACAAGGCAGCUGCUGUGGAUGAGCCAACAGAUGGCGGUGUGGAAAUGACAGAGGAAGAGUGGAACCUCCGUGUGGCAGAGCUGAACAAACACCAGGAAACAGUGGAGAAAAUGAAGGCGAGUACAAAGGAAGCCUAAGGGAGGACACAGCCCGAAGAGAGGAUGCACACGACCACCCUUCCUCUAUACUUGACUUACCUUGAAGCCCGGGUGUUAUUAUGACAUCUACUUGUUUUCUCUGCUAUUUUAAUUGUUAUUAUUAUACAUUGUUACAGUAUCAAAGUGUUUAUGUUGAUGUUGUUUGAUUCGAGGGACAAUCUUAUGAUUCCCCUGCGUUCAGUACUGUCAUAUUUGAUUGUAUUAACUACUCUUGUACACUUCUUACGAUGUAUUUUUGCAGUUCUUAAGGACAAAAAAAAAGAAGCAGGAUGUCUGUGUUAUGCGGAUUGAGCAGCAUUGGCUUUAUGGGUAGAAGCAAAGUCGUGGGAAGGUUCAACGGCUAGCGAUUCAUGUAUACUCAAUCAAUGCACUCGGUUAUCUUUCUCUUUGCUUUUAUGGUCCAUCCAAACAACCAAUCUGAGGUGUUUGACUUCAUGUGAGGCAUUCUGCAGCAAAAGAAGAAAACAUAGUUGUAUGUCUAGUUUGUUGUGGCCAUUUGAGUUGUAGCUCAUUAUAUUCCCACUCAGAUACAAUACACUGUAUGGGCUAAAGUAUUGGUACUACUUUUGUCCAUAUAAUGUACAUCUCUCUCCUAAGCCUCUCUCACGCAGAGAUCCUGCAUCAGAGCGGUAACAGAAGAGCCAACAUUUAUCCACCAUUGUCUUGCGCACAGCCAUUCUCCCCCCACCGCCUGUUACAGGUCCCGAGUUUGCCACAUAGACAGAAAAAAAAAUGCUGUGUAAAAGGCACUGCAGGGUGAGAUGCACCCGGGUGAGACUGCAUACGAACAUAGCAUGGGGGUGUCUGAAACCAAAGAUGUGCUGAAGAUGUUUUGUACACAGAUCUCCAGGUAAUAUUACUCUGGACCCAGCAGCAGCACUAUAUACCUUUCAAAAUCAACCUUUACAAAAGGACCUAGCCUCGGUAGUGUAGGUGCGUCACGAAGCGGUUUGUUUGAGAGUGUGUGCGUGUGCUGAUAAAUGUGCUGUUCCUUUUUGUACUUCUGUGUUGAUUUGUAAAAAACCCUGCGUCUAAAUUAGGAAAAUAGAAGACAUAGUGCCUUAGACUCGCAAACAUUAUUGACCCGCACAAUUUUUUUUAAAAUUGUUUUACCACGUACUGAGCGUGGUUUUGCUGAUUCGUUGGGAAGUGGCUUGUAAUUCAUGCUGAUAAAAUCAUUGCGGAGAUUUUUGGAGGCCACUAAAAAUGACAGCAAGGACUAUGUAUGGAAGCCAAUAAAUCUGUGUACACCA